AUGGUGUUGAACAAUGAUAAUAGCACAAGGAACAAUGCUAUUAGAGCUGUUGAUGCUCAGAGCACUGCAAGAAUUGUGCCUGGUACUUGUAAGAAGGAAAUGUAUGAUUUUAGUCUUCAUGAAUUAUGGUAUAGACGUGAUGCUAUUGCGCUAGCUUGGAUUAUGAACACAGUAUCUAAGGAUUUAGUCAGUACUGUACUCUAUGCUUCUAAUGCUCACAAAGUUUGGGAGGACCUUAGGGAAAGGUUUAACAAAGUGAAUGCAUCUAGGGAUUUUUAUCUUCACGAGGAAAUAGCUACCUUAACUCAAGGAGUUAAUUUUAUAUCUGUAUAUUUUUCAAAGUUGAAGGCACUGAGAGAUGAGUCUGAAGCACUAGUGCCUCCUCCUUCUUGUGCUUGUCCUGAAUCAAAACAACAUGCUGAAAAUUUUCACCAACAGAAACUGUGGCAAUUUCUGAUGGGACUAAAUAAGUCAUAUGCUCAAGCUAGGAGCCAAAUUUUGAUGAUUGAACCAACACCUACUAUUACUCAAGCCUAUGCUAUGAUCUUAAAUGCAGAGAGUCAAAGAAUGCACCAAAAUGGAGCAAGUUCUAGUGGUCCCACUAGCAGUAGUGAUCUAACUGCAUUACUAAGCAACAAAAUGCAACAUAAAGGAUUUAGGCCUAGAAAUUAA